UCUUUCAGGAAUCUUUUACUCCUCAACAGAUCUCACCAUCUUUCACAUCUGCUCUCCUGAUAUAUGAUUUCCUUCACACUGUUCAGAAUUGGACUGUGGUUUCUUCCUCAUAUCCAACCUCCCCAAUUUGUGUGUAUGCAUGUAUCCUCUUUUAGAAUGCAUUUUAUAUCAUUUACAGCUGUAUCCCCAUAGGCCAGCUAAUGCUUCCUGAUAUGCAUUCCAUAGACAUUCAUAAGAUAUAGAAAAGAGUAUGAUGGCAUUGACGUAAUUAGAACAAGAAGUGAUACAUAGUCUUUCAUCUGAGACAAACACAAGAGAAACAGAAAUAAAAAAAAUCUUCAUGCGGAUAGAAGAGCCUCUAAAUAAUAGGGCACAGCUAAAAACUCCUAAAUAUGGAAGAGGUCCUGACUCAGGACCGUGACUGCUUUUUGGUUCAUAAGUAGGCACCUGUGAGGGAGGCCCCAUGGACCCAUGAUCUCUUUACAGUACAGAACAGUUUACAAUAGAGAAAAUGUGUACACAGGAGUUCUUCCCAAUCACCCUUGUCUUCAGACUCUCUACUUUUAGGUAGGUGCAUGUUUGGGUGGUGGGGGCUGCUGUGCCCCAGGGUCAAAGAGAGACAUAUUUAGCUUCUGGGAUGCCCUGCACUUUACUAUAGAGUCAAUGUCAAUCUGGUUUCCUCAGAGGUCCAUUUCCCUCAUGUGGUCUAUGGUCUAGUACCCAGCCUUUUAUUUUAUAUUUCUGUUUGCAUGUAAACUUCGUCUUUGACAGGACCCACAUUAAAUGGGACCAUCUAACCCCAUUUCCUUCUUCCCUAUUACUCAGUCUUCAGUUUUCAAGCUCUACUAAUAUCUCCUUCUCAACUUCCUGAGCACCUCUUUGCUGCCCCAUAUCCUUCAUACACUGCAAGAAGCCCUGUCCUAUGUUAAUUAAAUGAAACACAACAGCAAUCACAAUGUGUCUCAAUCUUUUUUACUCCAUUUUCUUCCUACCAUAGGUUACUGUUCUUCCUCUUUCUUCUUUGUCUCUCAAUUUGUCUGAAAUGAGGUUUUCUCACCCAGAAAAAUGUUCCUCCUUCUGCAUUCAGCUUGUGUACAGUUGUCAGUGCUAAUGAUGCGCCCCCUCCCUCAGGUCACGAUUUCUCAUCUACCCUCAGUGGCAGGGACCUAAGUGGCCUGCUAACAACACAGCAUUGUCUUGUCAUGUCCACAUCACAUCCUCACUGUUUCACCACUUCAGAGACAAGAACAAGCGUUUGAAUAAAGGUCUACAGCUAACAGACUGAAUAGUAGCAUGUUUAAGAGAACUGAGAUGUUCUACAUAGGCUGUAUUAAGUAGAUUUUGAAGAUCCAGCCCUGGAACCCACUAGUUUUGAGUAAUUAUUUCUAUGGAAACAGACAUUCUAAGUUCCAAGCAGCGCAUACACACAUGGACCUGUUACCUUGAGACUCCAUGGGGCCAUCAGCUGACACUGGGGCUGGGAGGCAGCCCCCAUUCUGGAAACUGGCUUGGCCGUUCUGAGGGUUGGAUGAGUUUUGUACCAAGGUGCGAGAGGCAAGUCAGUCAUUCACCCCAACCAACACCAGUCAGCCAGUGAUCCAUCAGAUGUUUUCUGCCAACGUGGCUCUCGUGAGUGUUUACCAUGCUGAUAACUGUGUACUGUGUGCGUCGGGACCUCACAGAGGUAACCUUUUCCCUCCAGGUCAGCCCUGACUUUGAGCUCUGCAACUUCAGAGUCCUCUGUGAGCUUGAGUCUGGUGUGCCUGCUGAGGAGAUUCAGUUCAUCUACAUGGAGCAGCUCCUCACAGAUAACCACUGCUCGCUGGGUACCUAUGGCCUCAAAGAUGGUGAUAUGGUUGUACUACUUCAGAAGGACAAUGUGGGACUUCAGGCUCCAGGAAGGACUCCAAAUCAGCCUCAGGCAGAUUUCACUGGAUCAGCUGUGGCAGGAACAAGCUCCCGACACCAGCAUCACCAAGAGCAACGGAUACCAUCAACACAAACCCAUGGAUUGGCCUCUGGAGAGAAUAUGGCCCGUGCUCAGAAUCUUAACAGUCCUGCUCUGAUUCGCAGCAUGCUGCUUUCCAACCCCCACGAUCUGUCCUUGUUGAAGGAACGGAAUCCUGCUUUGGCUGAAGCUCUGCUUAGUGGAAACCUUGAGACAUUUUCCCAGGUCCUGAUGGAGCAGGAGAGGGAAAGGGCCUUGAGAGAGCAAGAGAUGUUUCGUCUUUAUUCUGCUGACCCAUUUGACCAGGAAGCUCAGGCUAGAAUAGAAGAAGAAAUCAGACAGCAGAACAUAGAAGAGAAUAUGAACAUAGCUAUGGAAGAGGCUCCGGAGAGUUUUGGACAGGUGGCUAUGCUCUACAUUAACUGCAAAGUGAAUGGGCACCCUUUAAAGGCUUUUGUGGACUCAGGUGCCCAGAUGACUAUCAUGAGCCAAGCUUGUGCUGAGAGAUGUAACAUUAUGAGACUGGUGGACCGGCGAUGGGCUGGGGUUGCUAAGGGCGUGGGCACACAGAGGAUUGUGGGCCGAGUUCAUCUGGCUCAGAUUCAGAUUGAAGGUGAUUUCUUACAGUGUUCUUUCUCCAUACUGGAGGAGCAGCCCAUGGAUAUUCUUCUAGGGCUGGAUAUGCUCAGGAGACAUCAGUGUUCCAUCGACCUAAAGAAGAAUGUGCUGGUGAUUGGCACCUCUGGCACACAGACACACUUCCUUCCUGAAGGAGAAUUGCCCUUGUGUGCAAGGCUGGUGAGUGGAACUGUACAAGAAGACUCUUCAGACAAGGAAGUAGCAGGCAAUAUCAAACAUUCAAUCAAGGGUCCAGCACGAAAAAAGCAUUGA